AUUGAUCGAUCCAGAGACCGGAUUUGACAAAACCGCGGUUGGUUUCUCUCAGGCUGUACGCUUAGGGUUCCGAUUGUGCUUGUACGGAUUGGUCCACCUUGAUUUGUCUUGACCUGGUGUAAAUAUGUCUAAAAUUAUGAUUGACCUGCCCAUUUUUCUGGGCGCUUAUGUUGGUGCAAUCAUGGUGAUCGAACAAUUUGGUAGGAGUACUUAAGUGCUCAUAGUUACUCCCUCGGUCUCUCCCAUCCUGCUUGCAAAACGAUCUUAUAUUAUGGAAUGGAGUGAGUAAUAAAGUUUUAGUGGGUUCAAUUCUUGGGCAAAAUGGAAAAUUUUGACCCAAAAACGUAACUAAUUCAUAAAAUUAACUGUCCGCGAAAAAAAUCCAUCUGUCUGAUCCUUUUUUUCUGGUGCCUUUGUCUUAGACGCCACACUACAUUGUUUGGCGUCUGAUACUACGUUGUAUGGCGUUCGAGACCUAGUGUGGCUCUUAAGACAUAGGCGCCACACUACACUGUGUGGCGCCUAAGGCAAAGACGCGACACACUGCAGUGUGACGUCUGGUUGUCGUGCGCCACACGAAAGGAUCAACUGUGUGAAUUUUUUCAAACACGGUUCAAUUUGUGAAAUACUUCCGUUCACGGGUCAAUUUUGUUAAUUCUGCCUAAUUCUUGUGUCUUGCCAGAAUUAAACUGUUCGCUAACGAGACUUAGCAACCGAGUUUAUCCCCAGAUAAAUAAUUAGCUUUCGAAACUUCUGCCUGGUGCCAACGACUUUGUUUGAGAUCUGAUACUUGCAGCUGCAUUCCAUCACCGCUUGAACUUCGUCAAAAUCACUACUUGCAACUGUAUUAAACCUUUGAUUGGCCAAGGGCUGGAAAUAGGUAAGCUGACCUAUGGGCAUCAUCAAGAUCAAGCUCGCCGUGGACAGGCCGCAGAACCGUGUGUUGUUCGCUGAUGCGGGUUCCGAUUUCGUCGACGUCCUCCUCUCCUUCCUCACUCUGCCGCUCUCUGCCCUCCAGUCCUGCACAAUAGGCGCGUCAUCCUCACAAGGAUGCCUUUCCAACCUCUGCGACAGCGUCGACCACCUGAGAAACAGUAGCUUGCUGAAGGUUGAGGCCUGCCAUGGCAUGCUUCUCACGCCUGCUCACACCAAUGAGUUCCAGCUGUGCAAGUCAACUGACAGUACCAAGGACCUUGAGAUUUCCAGGCUCUGCAAGUGUUUCCUAGUUAUGGCUAGAGUGUUGCAUGUCUACGAGCAAGUAGGCUGCAAAGAGACGUUUGUAGGUGGCAAAGAACGGUAUGUGAUCAGUGAUGAUAUGAAAAUCAAGCCAGCAUCAACCAGCACCAUGCUAUUGCUGCCUCAGGCGUUCGAUUCUGAUGGUAUCGGUCAUGGCUUUGAGGAGGUCGAAGUGAGCGUCUCCAGGACACAAGUUUUAUCCAUGUUGAAGGCCUUUCUUUCGUCAGACACCGUACUCACUGAUGCAUUUCUAUCAAAGGGAACUGAUAAUCAUAAGGCCACUCAUGCCACUGUGGCACCGAUCAUCCGUCAGGAUAUUAUUCCAUUGUAUCAAGAUCCUGCAGGUUCAGAAUGGAAGAUAAAAGUCUUUUACCACACCCGUGAAAAGAAGGUCAUGUAUGCCGAAUGCAACCAUGAGUUCGUCGACAUGCUCCUCGGAUUCUUGACUUACCCUAUCAGCUGUGUGAUCAAGAACAUGGGGGCUGGCACUUGCCAUCUUGGCAGGUGCUUUGACAAUCUCUAUAGAAGCGUCACUGAUCUCAACGAUGUUGGGCGCUUAACAGAUGUUCUCUCCAAUAUGAUGUUCCUGGAUCCAGGCGUUAUGCCAUUUGACAUUUUUACCAACAUCAGGUCAUAUCGGGCCCUUGACUGCCGGUGUCCAAAGGAUGAUAAAACACAUUAUUGCUGGCAUCCUGAGAUUGUUGAGAGUGGGAACUAUGUCGUCGGCGAUGAUCUACUUGUGCAUCAGGCCUCUGCCAUGUCAGUGAUGAGGCAUUGGUGCGGGAUAGACAAGGCUAACGUACUGGAGAUGGGCAUUGCUGUCGGGAAACAGGAGGCUGUUGAGCUGCUGCGAGCUUUGCUGACUUCAAAGACGGCAUUGACCGAUGUGUUCAUCAGCAGGCUGGAGGAGAUGCAGAUAUUUGUCAAGUUCCCUUGGGGUAAGACCAUAACCGUACAGGUUGUGAAAUCCGAUACUGUUGCCACCGUCAAGAGCAGGAUGAAGGAUAAGGUGUCCCUGUCGACGGGAUGCCGUCAUGAAUUGGUCUAUCGUAGCAGAUAUCUUAGAGACACGUGCACCAUUGCUGAAUGUAACAUCACCAGAGAUAGCACUAUCACCUGUGAAUUUUACAAGUGAUGCUGUCAGGAUCAGAAGAAGUGCAAAACGGGUUCGGUUAUCGAACGGUGGAGAUCACUUCCUCGCGUACCGCUUCGUUGUGUACCGUUAGAUAUUAACUGUAGUAAAUCUGUUGUCGGAACUGUAGCUUCACUUUCCCUUUUCGGUAAAACCUCUAGCCUAUAUAAGCUGCCGGGUUGUGGCUAAGCUGGCAUCUUAAUCUUUUCCCUUGUCAUCGAACAAGCAUAUACUUCGAAUAUACCUUACAUCGGGAUGAACUUUCCCCUUUUUCCUCAA